CUUCAGCUCACCACUUUUCCCUCUCUCCCCAAAAUCCCCAAAACUCUCUCCGGCACUCCCCACAGCUCACAGCAAUGGCUAACGCCACCGCCACCGGCGCCGCCAGCAACGAAAUCUUAAUGUUAGAAGCUCCGCCGCAAGGCCCGUCGUGGCCUGGCCCCUUAACCAACGCCGAGAUCAUCGACGCCUUGCCGUACAUCGACGAAGACUACUACUCCAGCGCCGCCGUCAAGAACGAAGUCGACCUCAUGGUGGAGGAGGAGCUCCGUCGCAGCUCCAAAAAGCCUGCCGAUUUCCUCAAAGACUUGCCUCCGCUCGCCAAGCCCGAUUUCAAGAAUAAUCCAGUUCUGGCGAGAGAGUACGACCGCGUGAGAGCUUCAAAGCCUCCGGUGAUUCUUGAUUUCUCGAGAGAUAAGGCGGAGAUGCCGAAGAGGAGUGAUGAAGCUGCUUGGAGGCAGGCUCUUCAGAAAGCUCAGUGCUAUUCGCAGCACAAUGUCAUCAGGUUGGAGAAUUUGGAGCUGAUGGAUAAGUAUGGCCCUGACGCCUGGAUUAAGUACAACAAUGUUUUGCAAUCGCUUUUGUCAAGAUUGCAGAAAUUAACUCAUGAGCGCUCUCAAAUGAUUGGAACUGUGAAUCGUGAAAGGAAAGAACAUCAGCAAAACACUGCAUAUGAGCUUAAUGCUUUGCACGCACAAUGGAAGGAACUUUCUCUGAAGAACAUAGAAAUUCAAGCCGCGUGUGCUACUCUUGAGAAUUGCAUAGAUGAACUCAAAAAGGAAGCAGCAGAGAGAGGCUGGGACUUCAGACCAACGGAGAAUGGCUUGUUGAAUUCUGAAUGAGGAGGUAUGCUUUGAAUCAGAUUUGGUGCUACAGCUCUGUCAUCAUGUGUCUUUGUUUUUUUAAUAUAGUUCAGUGUUGUUAUUCAAAUUGUCACCUACAUAGGGUCCGGAAAUGAUAUGUAAUAUUAUGUUUCUUCAUGAUUAUGUUGGAAUUUUUUCCUUUGGGUUUCAAAUGUAAUCUUAAAGAAUUGAUUGUUUGCAUCUCCCAGUC